UCCUGCCUCUGACAAGGCACACUCCACUUUCACAACACAUAAGAAGAACCAAGUUGCCCACCACGGUUUCGCUAAAGCUACCAGCAAUCUUAUCUCUCCUCGCACUCUCCCAAAUCGCCUUAUCAGCUACGAUGUCCCCUGCCUCGAACUCAAAGUCUUCCAAGGCUGGAGAGGAGCAGCAGUUCCACAUCUUGCCUCAUCCUGCUAAAUCCAACGACCCCGCAGACCUCCAACCUAAGCAACCACAGCUCGGUGGAAGGAGGAGUGACGCUCCUGAAGGGGCGAUCGCCUGCGAUGCGCCCGUGAACGCAUUCCAUGCUCGAGAUCCCUACGUUCCCAGUCAAGAAAUCAGGGAUAACAUGCCUCCUGCAUCUAGCCGCGAAGAACUUCAGAAACGACAAGCCCAGUUGAACCAAAUGCAAGGAGGUGGCAACUGAGCGAGUGUUCGGGAUGACAUCACCCUUACCUUUUACUCCCGCUCCCGAUCGUCGCCUUCAAAGUCUUUCCACAUCCGCGCUUCCGUACUGUGCUUUAUUUUCCCCAGUAGUCAUCUAAUACAUAUUAAUACGAUGGUCGGAUCUGUCU